CAGCAAAAAUAAAUGGCGUUCAGAAAGAAGACGGUGGAGUUUUGGCAGAAGGAGAGAGACGAGCUCCCAGCACAGAGACCGGUCCUUAUCUACCUCCAGUGCCCUGCCUUCCAGCGAGACCUGCAGCAACGCACACAGCUAUAUUCCCAGUUCAAACCCGCGGAAGGCCUGCCGGAUGGAGUUUCGGUGCGAGAAGGUAACCCAUACAACAGCUGUCUGGUUGAAGGGCACACUGAGUUGGAGAAACUACGAGAGCAGCUGAGGGCCACGCUGGACUGGCACAGAGAGGCCUCCUACAAGGUUCUGGUGGUCAACGGACACGGCUUCCCAGAAGGCGUACAACUGAGCGGCACAGAGGGGAACGAAAAGGUGUUUUUGACUGGGGAAGAGUUGGCUGAGCUCGCCUGGCACCACUGCCACGACCACCACUUUCUUACAGUGUGCGGCACGGCAUACGGCCACAAGGUCGGAGAUUCCUUCAUUAGAGGCAUCAUUACGGCCUCCGGAGACAAGACGGAGCUACGAAAACUCUUCGCCGUCACAUACUUCACCUCCGAGACGGUGCCCGAGGCCUGGCAGAGACCGGCCACUGCUGGAAGCGUGCACGUCGAGCUGAAGAGAGAUAUCACCGCAUUCCUAACGGAACACGUCCAGCCAAAUAGUCCGUACAAGACACUGGACGCUAGAAUGGGGAAGACCCCCUCUUGCCUUCUGCUCUAG